UGAUACUCUCUUGUACUCUCUGGUUGAAGUUUUUGUAUAGAAAGGAUAAUGUUCACGAGUUAACCUCAAAACGAUCUACGGAGGGGCCGAAGUUUCUAAUUAAAUUACGAUUCGCACUUUGGAUGGGACACUAUGGUGUUGUGCCGGUAUUUUCAACAAGGCAAUUGCCGCUUCGGGCAAUACUGUCGCUUCGAUCACAUCAACAAUUUUGCAAACGGAAACCAAGCACCGAGAAAUAAGAUUUAUGUGGAUAACAAGAAUGCAGCUUUCAUGGUUGCCCACGAAGUGUUCGCCGCAGAGCAAGGAGGGCAAUGGCUUCUGUCAUGCUUUGGACCAUUCAAGGAACAACCAUGCAUUGCUGGCAUAGAGGAUUUAUCGCCAGAAGAAGUGCGAUGGGAAAUGUAUCAAGCCCAGAAAAAUGGAACUGUAGAACAGACGAAAUUACAGUUUCAACAGUUGUGUCACGAGAUGAAAACGAAACGAGAUGCUUUAAAACAACCUACCGCAGAGAUAGUCUCGAUGUUGGAACAGUUACAGAAAGGUACCCAAAGCAAUAACGGGUUUGGUGCGAAUGUUAACACACCUGCAAAAUCGAAUUUCUUCUCAACUCCACAAUUGGGUAUGCCAACAAGCAACACAUCAUCUUCAAACGUUUUUCGCAGCAAGGUCUUCGGAUCUAUGGCAAACCCAUUCAGUGGAGGUUUCAAUUCAACACCAGCAGCAUCUCCAUUUGGGAGACCAGUGGGCACUAAUACUAACUCAGCAUUUGGAGCGAAGCCAGCCUUUGGUAGUGCACCAGUUUUUGGUACCACGACCAACUCAUUAUUUGGUGCAAACAAGAGUUCCACAGUGUUUGGAUCUGCACAAAACACUCAGGCUUUUGGUUCGACCACUCCGCAAAGUAACACAGUAUUUGGUGCAGCUCCUACUCAGUCUGUGUUUGGACAAUCAACAGCAUUUGGAGUAUCCAAUCAAUCUAAUAGUCCAUUCUCCAGACCACAAACAGCACAGCCAACAGGCUCUAUCUUCGGGGGAGGAGCCACUCCCACUACGAAUUCAUUAUUUGGUGGAGCUGUUGCACCUCAGUCUUCGCCUGCUCUCUUUGGAGCCACUUCUGGCACUCAAGGUACAAUGUUCAGUACCACCGCAACUAGUCCACAAGUCGCUGCUCCUAUCUUUGGCUCAGUUACUACUUCGGUCACCAGUGCACCUAUAGGAGCUCCAUCGAUGUUUGGCCAGCCAAAAGCCACAGCUGCCUUUGGUGGUGCUCCGGUCUUUGGAGGAACCGCAAACUUCGGCUCAAAACCCGGUGGAGCGGUAUUUGGAGGACAGCCCACUUUUGGUGGGUCUCCAAUAGCCACUGGUAACAUCUUUGGAGGAUCUACUGCAAACACGGCCGCCUUUGGAACGACUGCAGCAGCUCCUGCUUUUGGAACUAGCGCUGCAGCACCUGCCUUUGGUUCCGGAUCUGUUACUCCAUCCUUUGGAUCGGUUGUUCAGACCAACAAUACACCCUUUGGAGCAAACCCUGUCACCACCUCUAGUAUAUUUGCAGGUUCUCAGGGCUCUUUCGGAGCAGGAACUACCACGGCUGUCACGUCACCCUUUGGAGCCACGACAACCACAACUACCCCUUCCUUUUCUGCCUCCAGUGGACCCUUUGGACAAACCACUAUGGCACCUUCUCCGUUUUCCAGAUCUACCCCUUUUGGUACCACUUCGGCAGCAUUUGGAACCACCACUCCCUCCUCUGGAAUGCCUUUUGGCUCUUCUCAGACCCCUUCAGUUUUCGGCACUGCUGCAAAUAACAGUUCCUUUGGCUCAUCUAUCUUUGGUGGUGCACAAAGUACUCCUUUCUCCAACACCAGUACUACAGUUACUACUACUACUACAUCUAAUCCGUUCGCCCCAAAACCUCAACAGAACACUGCAGUCUUUGGAACACAGAAUACUUUUGUUUCCUCUGCUACCAACAGCCCUUUUUCAAAGUCGCCAUUCUCUUCGGCCACCUCAUUUGUGGAACGUCUCGAUGACACUGUUUAUAGCAUUGAAGGACUGCUGACAGAUGACGAGAAGAAUAUGUAUUUAUCGGAGCAAUUUGUCUUUGGCAAGAUUCCCACGAAACCACCCACUAAGGAACUCAGGUAACUCGUUAACGUAAUAAAAGUAGGUCCACUGGUGAAUAAAUUGUUGCUCUGAUAAUAGCAUAGAAUUGAUAGUGUCAUAUGCAUCAAACUAUAAAUAUAAUUAAAAGAGUAUGCACUUGUUCCGUGAAACAAAGUGAUUGUCAAAAUGAGAAAGUAUUUUCUUGAUUCAAUGAUACCAAAUAAUUAUUGUACAGUAAGGUUACAAAAAUCAAUUAACAUCAAUUCCAUGAAGCACUUGUGUAUCUUGACUGUCUAAAAGAUAAACAUAAAUAACAUCCUGUAUAGAACUAAUUAAAAUUGGAAAAUAGGAGGAAAUGACAGCUUAUCUAUUAUUAAUAACUUCGAUUAUGUAUUAGUAAAUUAUCCAUGUAUAGAUAGAAUAAGGUUUGUAUAUUAUAAGACUGUUUUUAUAGAUAUUUACUUGCUCCUUUGAUUGUACAGAAUAAAUUAAAUGUUUAAUCUAA